AUGCGCCAAGGAGCCGCCAGGGGAUGCGCGUGUGUAGCCGCGCACAGCGGUGGUCUCUGCGGGUGCAUCGCCAGUGCCAACACGACCACCGCUGUGCGCGGUUACACACGCGGCAUCCCCUACACUCCCCAAGGGACCAUUCAGGAUUACACGUCCUCUCCGCGGCACGUAAGGUUGGCUGAGAUGCAGCGCAAUAUCGACCGGGAGGCGAGAAGGGCGCCGACCGGACUCUAUGAAGGCCCGACCAUCACCACCAAGGACGGUGCGAGACCGCUCUUUCCUCCCGAAAAAGCGCGUCACCCAAACCGCGGCCCGCCCCCACGUGGAGCGACACCGCCGACGUAUGCCCCGCAGUUCGUUGCACCGGCUGCGACGCGCGAGGACAUGAUGCCGCCGCAGUCUGAUUCCUACCAGCGCGACCUCCGCAGCGACCCCGCGUACGCUGAUGAUCCAGAGCAUAUUGUGGCGGCACGUCAGCGGAUUAUGACUAUGCAGAGCGACUCUUACGGCGAGGCGAUGCGCGGGAUGGUGGCUCCGCCGCCACCGCUGGAUCCUGACGCGCCGCAGGCGUACCGGCAGCCUCGGGUGCAGCUGGAUGACAACUGGUGGAUUCUGAUGUGGUCCUUCGCAGCCCUGUUCGUAGUGAUGGCCAUGUAUGGAAAGUAG